UGCAACACGUAGAGACACACUUCUCUGGACCCCACACGCUUUCACCUGCUGGAUCUUUCUCUGGCUUUGGUGUGUGUUGAACAGUAAAGCACCCCGAAGCGCCAUGACAGGCUGGUGUGCCACACGCUGCUUGGAGCUGAUAUCUGUCUUCCACUGACAAUCCAUCUGAGAAACAACUAUGUGUCAGUCGGCGGUGCCAGCGGCCAGACUGGGCCUGAACAGUGCUGACCCGCUGGUGAGAGAGGCUUUUCUGAUGGCUCAUGACUACAUAGACUAUGUAACCACAGGGGGGGCCGAUGGCACAAUGGGUCUUGCCCCCACAUCCUGCUCCAGAGCGCUGCGCCAUGCUGGAGACGAGCUCCUCACCCGCUUCCCCAUCUUCUUCAGACGCUGGCCUCGAGUCUUCCAGGAUGUGACGGAGAAAACGGCCUGCCCCACGCUCUUGAGCAUCCUGGACGAGCACUUCUUCGCCCCGGUGCCUGGGGGGCGGCGCAGGGAGCUGGCCUGGAGCGCAGUGCUCUCAGUGUAUGUGCUGGCGGGCCAGAUGGCUCUACAUUGCCAUGAAAGGGGCAUGGUGGUGGUCCUGCCUCAGCUGAAGGAGUGUGUGGGGGCGUAUGUGGAGAGAGUCGUCUGCCCUGAGAUACGAGAUGGCGGAGGAUGGAGUGGUUUUGUAUCACGCUUUGGAGAGAAGCAGGGCCUGGAGGGCCAGGUGAAGAGAGGGUGCUACUGGACUCUGCUGGCGCUGGCUCUCAGCAUCCUCACCUACUUCCUGUGGAAGAGAAUGACUUAGCCAGCACUGACACCUAGUGACCGUUCACACUAACUACAGGAAUGAGCUGCCUGCCAUCUGAAAGUCACUUAAUUUCUCUUUUAAAAUUGUGUAAAAACAUGUCGAUAAUUUACAGAGGUGGGAAGUAACUAAGUACAUUUACUCAAGAACAAUUCUGAGAUACUUGUAUACUUGAGUGUUUACAUGUCUUCUACUCCACUACACUUCAUAGGUAAAUGAUGUACUUUGACUCCCCUAAGUGUGUUUUUGUUUAAGCAGCAUGUAAACAAUGCAUUGCACACAAUGUGCAGAUGAAAACGAGUACUAAAUGAACAGACAUAAGCAUAAAAUAUAAACAUCUCAAAAUAGAAAAUAAAAACAGAACUUUAACUUCUGAAAUCCUC